AUCCCUCUGGCUCUCGCCGAGGAUUACUUCCCUUUGAAGGGGGCACGGGCGGGGAACAGGUGCCAUGUCUUCCCCCUCUGCCAAGUCUCCUCUCCACCUGUCCCUUUGUUGGCGGUCCAGCUAGAGAAAGUCUUCCACCACAAGAAUGAAAUGGAGACUGGAAGCCAAAAGUUCAGUCCACAAGAGGUGGAGAGCGGUCUCUCUGAGGGACCUGGGGCUGUUGCCAAGCUAUCACUCACUAAUCUGAACUCUCAGAGUUGUUUUUCUUUCUUUUGUUUAAUUACUUUUGACUCUUAGAUUCCUGUAAAGCACACGGUCUCACCUGUAACCUGAAUAGCAGCUUCAUACCACCUUCCAAGCUACCUUCUCCUCCAAUGGGAGGACCUGCCUAGGAUUAAAGAGCAGGCCACCACACCCGUUAACCCACAUCAGGGCCAGCUUCCCAGCCAACUGGGACCCGAUUCCCACAGCAAGAGCCAAGACAGUGGGACCAGCACCAACAUGAGAACCCCAGUCCUCUCCUUCCUGCUGCUGUUCUUACUGCUGCUACUGUCCAUUACCUCCUUCAGCUCCGAUCCAGAGGCAGCUGGAGGCCAGAGGCACCACAAGCUGCAUGCAUGGAGGCAUCCCCAGGGCAGAAGGCAGCUGUGCCGGUGCGAAGAUGUCUUCCAGAAAAUUCAUGAAAGAAGGAAGCUACAAGUAGCCAAGUCACCUGCAAGCCACUGCCCAUGUGUCCGCCCCAAGCACAAAUGGAAAAAACCAGGGCACCAGAAGCACUGGAGACAAAGCUGCUUCCAGUUUCUGAAGCAAUGCCAGCUGCAGAGCAUCCUCCUGCCCCUGUAGGAGCCAGGUCCCCUGCCCAGGUCCUAGAGGAAGCAUCGGUCCCGACAGUCGCUGGUCUCCUGGGAAACCUGCCUCAGACGCCAACCUUGGCCACCCCAGCAGCCCCCGGGGCUCUUCAAUAAAGAUGGAAACACUUUG